AUGGCGCGGCCCCGCGCGUUUCGCUCCUGGGCCGCCUGGCUCGGCCUGCCGCCGCACGGCGCGCCGUACGACCCGCAGAGCCGCUGGGUGACGAGCUACGUCUUGCCGCCGGCGUGGCUGGCCGGUGUGCGCCUGCUGCUGGGCCUGUAUGCCUUCGUCUCAAUCAUCAUCAACUACUCGUUCAACGGCUGGGAGCAGUUUGCGUACUUCACGGUGCUCUCCUACUGGGGCGUCGUGGCCUGGUUCGUGGCGUCGGGCCUGCACACGGCUGCGUACGCGCUCGCGCUGCGCCGCUGGAAGCAGCAAGCGGCCGGCCCAGCAAAGGCGUCGGCCGCUGCCGUGCCGCGCAGCUGGCUGGCCCAGCGCUUUCCGCGUCCGCUGCAGUUCCUUCACUCGCUGCUCUUCAGCACAAUCUGCACGUUUCCGCUGCUUGUGCUUGUCGUCUACUGGGCCGUACUGGCCGGCUCGGCAUUUGCGUCCGUGCGGUCGACGUGGCAGAACCUCACGGUGCAUGCGCUCAACUAUGUCUUUGUCUUCCUCGACUUUGCCGUGCUUGGACGCGGGCCGAUGAUGCCGUGGAGUCACAUGCUCUUCUGCGUGAUCAUCCUGGCCCUGUACCUCGGCGUCGCCUACAUCCACUAUGCCAAUGUCGGCAUAUACGUAUACGACUUUCUCGACCCCGGCGAGGUGGGCGGGCAGGGCCCGCUGGCCGGCGUGGCGAUCGGCAUUGGCGUCGGCACGUGCAUCGCCUUUCUGGCGGGGCAGGCGUGCCUCUGGCUGCGCGAGGUGCUGGCAGCCAAGCUGCAGCGCAGCGGCGCCUGGGGCAGCGCAAAGCCCGUGGGCGUGCCGGACGAGGCGCUGCUGCCGACGGACGUCGGACCGGGCCCGGAUGGAGAAGGCUCGCCGCGCCCGGUCGCGGGUGCGGCGCCCGACGCGGCACCCUCGGCGCACGACGCGGCAUGGACGCCGCCGCACGUGCCAGUCUCGGCCAGCACCUCUGCUUGA